AUGGCGCACACACACACGCGCAAGCUAUUUAACCAACUCUACGAUUCACCGGCUGUAACAUCAGCACAGCUACGUCCACUCGGUGAUUCCAGCAGCGCCAACCAUGCAUACGUAGCCCAUCUCACCCAGACACAACCCCACACACAGCGCCAAACGAAAGUGAAGACACAGCGGACGCUCCUCCUCAACGACUCAGAUGAAUCUAUCCACUCCACCGCUGCUGAGCUCGUUGACGUCACCGACCAAGCUGUCGACAAGCACGGAAACCGCCAGGCCAUAUUGCGCACUUUGAAUGGCAGCAGCGGCAGCGACGGAAAGAAAACGCUGUAUGUCGAUAUCUACAACCUCCAAUCUGGUCAUCGGACGCAUUCCAUAAACGUCACUACCUCCCACGGCCUCUUCUGCGCUGAUCCAACUUUCGGUCGUGUUAGAUGGUCGCCGUGUGGACGUGCGCUGGUGUACACAGCCGACAGACGUAAGCAGAGCGAUGGAGAUGAUGACGCUGUCUCUCUCUUCGAAAAACGCCGUUAUGUGCCGUCAUGGGGCGAGCAGUUCCCACCUACGCUGCAGCAGCCUCGCGUUUACUACAUGGAUUUAGACAAGGCAGACCAGUUACACACACCAGACACACCAUACCUUCCCGUAGAAGUAACAGCUGACCUGCCCACCCACUCUCUCGGCCAGCCGCAAUUCGGGCGGAGUAAGAAGGAGGUAAUAUUCACAGCCUACGCCAACCAACACGACGAGAGCCGCUUGGGUAUAAUAUACUGCCAGAACCGACCUAGCGCGAUACAUGCGGUGGAUGUGGACACUAGACGCACAACGCAGCUGUCCGAUGCAUCUCGCUCAGUACGCAGCCCACGGUGCACCACCCUCAGCAACGGCAGGCACGUGGUUGUGUUCCUCUCUAACGAGCUUGACGGUCCACACGCGAGCAACUGCAGGGUGGAGUGCAUCACUACCGACGGCAACCCUUAUGGCAUGGGCUGGUCGAGGAUUAACAGGCAUGACACGAACGAUCCAGGCCUUUACAUUGAUCAGCUCCCUUACGAACCCUUUCUCUGGGAUGAAGUUGAUGGGGGGAACGACGCUUUGCUUGCCACGUCUAUCCUCGGUAGUAGGAAGACUGUUCUUCGUUUUGAGUUGAUCGGUGAAGAUGUGCAGGAUAUUAGCAUUCUUGCAGACGCGCAGCAAUCCCACACCUCACGCUCCUCCCAUAGUAGCUUGGACUGUCUCGCUGCGUUCGGAUCUCGUGCGAUUAUCUCGCAAUCCACCUUCACCGCUGCGCAGCAAAUACUGGUGUGUAGUGGGGUGGGCGCGCACGAUGCAGCGCAAGGGCAAACGAAGACGCUGCACCGCCACACCAGUCGUGCGUUCGAGCAGAUACUCAGCACGCUCGCCGUAGAGUUUGAUGCUCGCACCAAGUCAUGGAUUCUCUACUCACCCACGGGUAAGACGGAGCGGGGAAUAAUCUUACCGCACGGCGGACCGCACUCAUCGAGCGUGCCCAUGUUUUCACCCGCCCUAGCAGCUCUUGCGGCAGCAGGUAUGACGGUGGUGCUGCCCAACUACCGCGGAUCGACAGGGUAUGGCGGCGGCUAUCUGCGCAGCUUACUCGGGCAUGUGGGAGAGCAUGAUGUCACCGACUGCCUCGCAGCUAUGGAUAUGGCUGAACGAGUGUACGGGGUGGAGUCAGGUCGGUGGUGUGCUUAUGGUGGCUCGCAUGGCGGUUUCCUCGCGGCUCACCUCACAGCACAACAUCCAAAGCGCUUUGCAGUUGCUGUCAUGCGCAAUCCAGUCAUCAGCCUCGCGUCGAAUGCUACACAGAGCGAUAUUCCAGACUGGUGCUUUGUGGAGAGUGGAUUGAGCGGGAGGGGCAGUGUGAGUGGACAGGCUCCAUCGGCGGAGGAGUAUAGACGGAUGGAUGCGCUAUCGCCUCUCCACCAAGCUGCCUCCGUUACCGCUCCUACCCUCCUCUUGGCAGGGUGUGAUGACCAGCGAGUACCGAAUAUGCAGACUAGACACUGGUUUCACGCUCUUAAAGCCUCGCGGAAGAUUGUUGAUAUGCUCACUUUCAAUCGCACUGGCCAUCCUCUCGACUCGGUGGAGGCUGAGACGGCCGGCUUCGAAGCUACGCUGCAGUGGUUUGAGGAGUAUUUCAAGUGA